AGUUGACCGCUGCGCGCCGCCGCCGACGGUCACGCGCGCGCUCUUCGAACUGUCUGCCCGAGCAGUUGUAGCGCCACCCCGCUCUAUGCCCGCUGGCCCGCAGCUACACGCCGAACAGACAUGGGUGCGCGGGCGAGCGUCAUAGAGGCCAGCAAGGUGCACGACAGCCACUGGGAGACAGAACAGAUGCCGCAGGAAGGGGAAACGUGGUGACAUCUCCCAGCAGGCACCGCCAUGGGUAACAAACUCAGCUGCUCGUGUGCCCCUCUCAUCCGCAAGGCGUACCGAUACGAAGACUCUCCGUGGCAGACUUCCCGCCGCAGAGACGGCCAUUUGCUGAGGUUAUGGGCUGAAGUUUUCCAUGUGAGUGCCAGCGGGACGGGCACUGUGAAAUGGCAGCAGGUCUCAGAGGACUUGGUGCCAGUGAACAUCACGUGCAUCCAGGACUCGCCCGAGUGCGUGUUCCACAUAACUGCGUACAACAGUCAAGUUGACAAGAUACUGGACGUGCGGCUGGUGCAGCCUGGCACUCGAAUCGGACAAGCAUCGGAAUGCUUCGUUUAUUGGAAAGACCCCAUGACGAACGAUACAUGGGGUCUUAACUUCACUUCGCCCAUAGAUGCCAAGCAGUUUCGCGAAUGCUGCGUAAGUAUGACCUAACACAAAUCUGAAGUAGAUAUUUUCUUGCUUACAAGAAAUACUCAAUUUAAAACAGAUUAAAGUUUUAGUCAAAUUAAGCAUGUCUGCAUGUAAAAAUAUUUUCAAUUUUAGUAACAAAGCACUGGUGUUGAUCUGUUCUUGACCAUUUUCUUAGCACUAAUUUUGCCCAGCAAUACUUUAUGAAAAGUAAAACUUGUAUCAAGCUUAAAUAUUGUGGUACUGUUUGAGAUUUCCAUACUUUUAUUGAUCCUUCUCGAUAUAAAAUUGCUCAAGACUUUUGAACUGCGGCAUUGCCACAUUUAUAGAAACUGAAAAAAAUUCUCGAAUCCAUUUCGCGAUAAGCUAAAACCCAAAUUCACGCUUUAAUGAUUGUCUCACUGUUCAUCUGGCAGCCCAUUUGAGACGUCUUACAAGUCAGAAGCCGAUUAGCCCAAGUGUUCCGAGGGGUGUCGAGUUGAACCUAGAGUCAACCAACACACGAAAUUUUCCAGUCUACACCCGUUACCGAUUAUUUCCAAACAACACUGAUGUUCAAUUUUGAGGUAAACUUCAGAGCACAGAGUACGAAUAGCUUCAGCGUUUUAACCUGGCCGUUCAUUACCUGCUGGGAACUCGCGAACUUGAAAUGAAUGUGGAAAUCAUGAAUCUAAUUUAAAAUGAGUUGUCAAAACGAGCAGUGCCGGAACAGCAGAAGUUAUAGGUCCAGCGCUGCGGAAACUCUCAAGUGUUGUUGGAAUCUUGCAUAAUAUGAUUCAUUCCUGUCAUUUGGUAAAUUUUGGGACAGAUAAAUAAAGUUCGUUGAUCGAAUUGCUGACAGAGAUUUGACUUUAAGGAAGAUACACUUACUAAAGCUUAACUACAUGACUCUCGAAAUUACUAAAAAUACCUAAAAUCGUUUGGCUCAAAUACUGCAUAUUCUGUAAAAAGAAUUAUAAUUAUUAGGUCACACUUGUGGAGGAGGAGGGGAAUAGUAUGUUGGGUUGGUUUACUUAAUACAACCAUCGUAUUCAAAGAAUCAGUUUCCAAAUAAAACAUAUGAUGCAUUAUUCAUGGGUAUAAAUAAUUACUAAAUAUGAUCGUGAAAGUAUAAAAAAGUAUUCAGAAAUGAUAAUAUUAUGCUUCAUUAAACUUUUUAUUAUACAGCGAAAAUAUUAGUUGAGUUUGUGCAGUGAGUAAUUAAUGUAGUUUGCCAUUAUCUUACUGUAGUUAUCCUCGUUCUGAGACAGCUAUAACAUGUAUUCAGUGUCAUUACUUAAGCACAAUUUUAUGCUGUUCAAAGAGUUGGAACUAGAAAUGCCCACGUACCUAUUUAUUACAUGAAAAAAAUUCGUAUCACGUCGUUAAACAACGCAGAACACUAUGUCAGUUUGAAAUAUUUAUUUCUGAUCUUGAGAUUACUACACUACUCCUUUGACGGUUUGCUGUACAACUACUUAAUAGAACCGUUGUCUAACUCAUGGAACUUAAGUAAUAUGUUAAUUAAUUUUCUCGUGCUAUAAAAAACACUAUAGUGCCUGUUACAAAAACUAAAUAGUCAGUGGUGUUGAUAAAACUUCCUUCAAAAAAUCAUUUUGUGAGCGACGAAUCUGCAAUAUCUACAACUGUACGGAGAGUGGUGCAUCGGUCUACUUAACUUUUAAACAUACAAUGCUGUAAUGUACAUUGCUGAAGAAGUUCUGUGGUCGGUUUUGUGAACAGUAAUAAGUAGUAUAUAUUGGGAGCUACUGGGACAGGUGUCGGAGUGAGGAGCUGGAGCCGAUGUCCACCAUCUUGGAUUGUGACAUGACGGCACGCCAAUAUUGAAUGACCUUGACCUUGACCAUUUACCCUGUCCCCCGAGGCCAUUUUGAAUCCGGUAUUUUGCAAUCCGCCAUCUUGUUUUCCGCCAUUCAAUAUUUCUUGAAAUCUAACGCCCCACUCCCUAACAUUUCUCUUUCGUUAAGAACGCAAUCUUCAAAAUCCGUAGUUUUAAUGAUAGAAAAUUGGGACACAUUUAAACAUUUAUAAAAAA